GGUCAAAGAGCGCCACCUGUCGCUGAUACCUAUAUAUCUCUGCCCGCAUCAGGUCCCCUUGACUGUCUCCUUCACUGUGGGCUCGCAGACAGACACAGCCGCGUAUCACCAGAGCUGGCCGCUGUCCUUGCAGUACCUGAGGCACCAGGGACCUUGCAAUGAUCUCGCUGGACUUCAAUUUCAACAUUUUGACUCGGGACCUGUCGCAUUAUCUGGAGAAUCAAGUGAAAGUUGGGCUGUUCGGUUCGGGAGUCGGUCUGUCUCUGGUGCUGGGCUUUAGCGCGGCGUACACCUGCUACUAUUUGAUCUCAGUAGCGAAGAAGCCACAGCUGAUCUCUGGAGGUAAGAAGUUCUACCAGUUUCUGAGAGAGCAAUGUCCAGUAGUGUCAGAGACCUACUACCCCACCUUUUGGUGUUGGGAGAGCCGCAUCCAGACUCUGCUGAGACCUUUCGUCACAGCCAAACCAGGAGUCAUCUACAGAAAUGAGCUCAUUAAAGCAGCAGAUGGAGGACAGAUCUCUUUGGAUUGGUUUGACAAUGAUGACAGCCUUUCUCAUCCUGACCCCGCCACCAGGCCCACAGUCCUCCUUCUCCCUGGUCUGACCGGCACCAGCCGAGAGUCUUACAUCUUGCACAUGGUCCAACAGAGCCGGGAUCUGGGCUAUAGAUGUGUGGUAUUCAACAACAGAGGAGUUUCUGGUGAAACACUACUGACCCCAAGGACCUACUGUGCAGCCAACACAGAGGAUCUGGAGACUGUUAUUGAGCACAUUCAGAAGACCUAUGAAGCUGCUCCACUCAUGGCUGCAGGAGUAUCCAUGGGCGGGAUGAUGCUGGCAAACUACUUGGGGCGCAAGGGCCGGGAAACCUGUCUGAAAGGGGUCGUGGUCUUCUCAGCGGGCUGGGAUGUAUUUGAGUGCACUGCUUCACUGGAAAAACCCCUGGACCGUUUCCUCUUCAACUCCUACCUCACCAGCUGCCUACAAGCCUCUGUGCACAGGCACAGACCAGUGCUUGAAAAAUGUUACGACAUUGAUCAUGUCAUGAAGGCAAGGACCAUCCGAGAGUUUGACGAGAGGUUCACCUCCAUAAUGUUUGGUUAUCCUACCAAUGACGACUACUACCGCGAUGCCAGUCCUGUCCACAGGCUCAAAUCUGUGCAGGUGCCAAUGCUGUGUCUCAACGCUGCUGACGAUGUCUUUUCUCCAUCUCACGCCAUUCCAGUGGAGGCAGUGAAGCAGAACCCUAACCUGGCCAUGCUCAUUACCUGUCAUGGUGGCCAUAUUGGUUUCCUGGAGGGCCUGUGGCCACGACAGAGCACUUACAUGGACCGAGUCUUCAAGCAGUUUGCGAAGGCGGUCAUUGAGCAAGGCAACCGACUCAAAGACCUCUCCUGAUAAGAAACUGUAACUGGGGUUCUAGUUUUACUUUUUUAAUUAUCUCUCCUUGAUGCAUUCUGUUCUUUAUUCCUUCCAUUUCUAAUUCCAUUUUUUUUAUACCUUACUCAGCCCUUACUGCAUUACAUCCACCCCUUCCUCUCUAUCAGAUUCAGUUCUGCAGUUUCCUUUCUUCCGAUGAGUUAUUUUAUCCUUGCCCUUCAUCCAUCCAUCCCAUUCUUCCUGCCACAAGCAAAAAAAAAAAAGCAUUCUUUCUCAUUGUAAAGGGCACAUCUUAUUGAAUGCAGCAUUUGUGUUGCACUCAGCAUUCAUAUAUUUACUCCAUACAGUUGAAAGUCUGUAGUCCUGCAAACAAAGCUGCUCAUGUCACAGCUAAAAUGCUGAAUCUGUGCCCAUUUGUGCAUUAGCUAGCUAAAGAAUUAUGUGGUUACCCUGUGCAACCAUCAGUACUGUACAUGAGACUCCAGUCAUUUUUGUUUAUGAAGCAUCCUCUCGUGCUAAUAUCAUUAGGAUAUCUAUAGGAUUUUAGCCCUCAGGGAUUUUCUUUAUUUCCUUUACUUCUUUCCUUCCUCUGUACAUUUGUCAGUUAUUCUCCUUUAUUUUGAGUUUUCCUCAGUUAUUUAAAGGUACAGCUUAUAUUAAUUACCUGUCCACACAAAGUCAUUUAUUUUCUUUUAAAGUAAUAGUUUCAUAUUUUUGGAAAAACGCUUGUCCAGUUGUAAAGCUUGAAUCCGCUCUCUUUUAAAUAUGAUGCUACUAUCAUUAAACUAUUAGCUUAGCUCAGCAUAAAGAUCAGAAGCAGAGAAAAGCAAUCCUGGCAGCUGCCCUACCGGCACCUCUGAAGCUCUAAACAGUGUUGUUCAUGAUUUCUUCAUUCUUUACAUAGUUGUCACACUUAAAUGAUUCAGAUAAUUAAACAAAUUUUAAUAUUAGACAAAGAUAAUUUCAGUAAAUACAAACUGCAGUUCUUAUAUGAUGAUUUCAUUUAUUAAGUUAUCCAAACCUGCCUGGCUCUUUGGGAAAAGUAAUACCCCCCUAAACCUAAUAAUUAGUUGUACCACUCUUGGCGUAACUGGCAGUGAGUCUUUCAUGUCACUGCGGAGGAAAUUUUGGCCCACUCCUCUUUGCAGAAUUGUUUUAAUUCAGGGUUGUUCAGAGGUGGGUUUGCUUUUGUGUU